UUGAAAUAAGAUCCCGUUCAGAGUUUUCCGGUUUGCAAUUCUUUGCCUGGAAGGGAAAUAUGGGUGAGAUUGAUACCAAACCUAUUGAACCAGUUCAAGUUGCACUAUCUUUGUUUGGUGAAAAUGGUGAUCAGUCGAAACGCCGGUCCAGUAGCAGCACUUCAGGUGUGGAAAAAGAGAAAGAUGUUGAAGGCCUAGAAAAGGAAUUGGCCAACUACAGACUGCAACUGGAAGCAAAGGACUUUGCAUACAUGCAAACUCUUCUUCAACUAGAACACUACAAGAAAACAACAGAAGAAUUUUCGGUUCUACCAAAGAACUCUGAGCUUGAGAGAGAUAGAUACAUAGAAGAAUGCAAUGAAGUCAAGAAUCAGAUUGAUGAACUUGAAUCCAAGAUGAAAGGGAUGGUGGAUCAGUUGUCAGAAACUGCAACGGUCCGUGAGCCCUUUUCACAUGUUUUAAAUGAGCUGAAGGUUACACAAGCUGCUCUACUUAAUAUGGAAACUGAACUUGCUGCUGCCAAAGAUUCGGAGCUUAAGGCAAUGACACAAGCAGAACUGAUGGAAACCUCUGCUAACACGGAAAAGGAAAAGUCAGAAGAGCUUUUAGACCACAUUUUGGAGCUUCAGGAUUCUGUUCUUAUUUCAAAGCUGGCAGCCGCGGAAGCUGAGGAAGAGAAAUGCAGAAUUGCAUCUGAGAAGGAUGCUGAGAUAGAGUCAUUGAAGGCAACAGCAUUUCAAGCACAAGAGCAGGUAGAAGAUCUGAGAAAACAAUUGGAAAAAAUAGAAGAACUGGAGAAUCAGCUCCAAAUUAAGUCUGCGUAUAUUGAUUCAUUACAGGCAGAACUUAAGCAGGUAACUAAUAUACUUGGUUCAAUGGAGAAUGCUACUUCAGAUGGUGGAAUUGAUCUGAACCAAAUAAAACAAGACUUGGAAUUCAAGGAAAGAAAGAUAUCAGAUCAAGCAUUUUAUAUUGAGGCAUUGGAAACAGAACUAAAUCGAUUAAAACUUGAACUGGAAAAUGCUAAUGAAGAGGUUAGGUGCCUGAACUGUAAUGUUGAAGCACUUAGAAGUGAUCUAGAGAAGCUAGAAAUUGAGAUGGAUGAAGUUACGGAAAAAGAGAAUGAUUCACAAGUCGAACUAGCGAUGGUAAAGGCUGAGCUUCAUAAAGGGAGGUCAAAAAUUGCAGCAACAGAGGCAGCUGAAGCAAGAGAUCUAAGUGUUAAAUCAGGGCUCUAUCUUGCAGUUCAGCAGCUAGCAGUUGAAGCAGAACAAGCCAAGACGGAAUAUCAUAAGUUGAAACCGGAAGUGGAAGCUGAAGGAUGUGACAACUCUACCCUCAGCCAUCAAGCUGAGAAGUCACCUCAAGGUGCACUAGUUUCUCACAUUGAUGAUCAAAGAGAUAAGAGUGUUGAUCAUAUAACAAUUUCAAUUGAGGAAUACAACAUCUUGAUCCAAAAAGCUGACAAGGCAGAUCAACUUUCAAACUCAAAGUCACUAGCAGAAGACUCUAAACAGUUAACCACAGGGUCAGAAAAUAAGAAUGAAGUUGAAUUUUUGAAGAAGGAAUUGGAAGUUGCAAUGAUGAAAAUUGGGUUGUUCAGGAACCGCGCAGAACAGGCUGCUACUAGGGCAGAGGCAGCAGAGAAAGCCAAAGCAACACUUGAGGAUCAGCUGAGGAUGUGGCAAGAGCAGAAGCAAAGGAGAAAAGCUGCUUUAGCUGCCCUGAGGGAGGAGUCUGCACCUAGACAAUUCAGUCCUCCCACAAUUGAAAAGUUACCUACAAAAUAUCAGCCUUUGGGUAAAGUUCUUAACAUAAAAUUCUAG